ACCUCUUUCCACAUCAUCCCACACGCCUUUACGAGGAUUCAGGGGCAGGGUGGCCCGUACAGGAACAACGGGCUCAACACGGUCCUGGAGAAGAGCCACGUCACUGGCCCGGACAACUUCAUCACCGCCUAUGACCACCUCGACUUCCACCCCAGCUACAACCCCAAUGGCCCGUCCCACUGUUAG